AAGACACGAUAUAAUGUUACUACAUUCAGGAGAAAUAUGAAAAUGAAACAGUAGGUUAAGGAUUUUGCCAUUCAUUUUUAUUCAGACUUUGAAAGAAUAUUGAUAAAAGUAACAAGUUGUAACACAUCGAGUUUAGUAUGAGAGAAAGAGAAUACAUCAAAUGUCGGCGUCGAUCCAAGAUGCCAAGGUGCCGAAAUUCGUCAAUUUUGUGAUAGGUGGCAUGUCGGGAGUAAUAGCUCAAAUCGCGACGCAUCCUCUGGACGUUCUUAAGAUACGUAUGCAAGUGUCGCGCGAUACUUUUCGUGAUGCAGCACUCCGCACGCUUGGCACGAGCGGAAUCUGCGGUUUUUACGCGGGACUGAGCGCGGCUCUUCUUCGUCAAUUGACAUAUACCACCAGCAGGCUUGGAAUCUAUACCACGUUGCUGGAUAUCGGGGAACAACAUUUUGGUUAUUUAAAUUACGUAUCAAUGAUUAGUCUCGGAAUGAUGGCUGGCGUGAUGGGCUCUUUCGUUGGUACUCCCACGGAUCUGGUAUUGAUUCGUAUGGUGGCUGACGUGAAUUUGCCACCAGAAAAGCGAAGAAAUUAUAGGAAUGCCGUUAGUGGUAUCUUUAAUAUAUGGAAAGCCGAUGGAUUUUUUGGAUUAUGGAGAGGAGCGAUGCCCACGAUGAGUAGGGCAGCGAUUGUAAAUGGAGCACAAUUAGGUACAUACACGAGAGCGAAGAUGUUGCUGCGAGACACAGGGUAUGUCCAAAACGAUAUACCACUGCAAAUUGCCGCUGCCAUGAUGUCUAGCAUAAUUACAUGUUUUGCUUCGAUUCCGGUGGACGUAGCUAAAACUAGGAUUCAAAACUGGAGACAGCCUAUGAAACCACCUGGUGUUACAGCUAUGAUCGUUAAUAUCGCUAAAACGGAAGGCAUAAUGUCGCUAUGGCGUGGUUUUCUUCCGUAUUAUUCUAGAGCAGCGCCCAAUACCGUAAUUACUAUGGUGUGCGUUGAUCAACUCCAUCGAAUGUACUCGAAAUUUUUUCCGGUAUUGUAAUAAAGUUUAUCUAUGUCAGUGUUAA